AUGCCUCAAUUGUCAAAUAAUGACCAUCUGCAUCAAUAUACAGCAAAUUCAAGCUCGUCGAUACGAGACUAUAUGGCUGAAAGAGUUGCCUCAGCAAUCCACCUCACAAAUCAAUUAAGAACAUGGUUUGUUGAACAAUCACUAAUAAAGAAAAUAUUUGUUGUAUUGGGAUGCGUCAUCAUUGGUAUAGUAGGUUUACUAUUCCUCAUAUUCCAUUCAUACUUGAUCAACCAAUUGAUCAAUUUAUCAGACAAGUGGCAUGAUCUUACGUACGGAAGUGUCAUUAUAUUUGCCUUGGUGUUUACAGUCAGCUUUCCACCUUUGGUUGGUUUCACAGCUUUGAGUUUAUUGACAGGAAUGGUUUAUGGAUUUCCACAAGGGUGGCCGUUGUUGGCAUUUGCAUCGGUGUCUGGAUGUACUGCAUCAUUUCUUGUGUUCCGAUACUUGUUACAAAAUCAAGCAACGAAAUUGGUGCAAUACAAUGAGAAAUUUAGAGCUUUUGCCGAAGUUUUACAUGAUGAUAGUUCGUUAUUACUACUAUGCUUAAUACGACUUUGUCCAUUACCCUAUUCAUUAUCCAAUGGUGCUUUGGCGGCAGUUCCUGAGUUGCCCCUUUUAACCUAUUUUCUUGCCACAUUGAUAACAUCACCAAAAUUAUUUAUCCAUUUGUUUGUUGGUAGCAAGUUAAAAGAUUUGGGAAGUGAUAAAAGCUCUGGCAUGUCGAAGUUUGUUGAUGUAAUAAGUAUAGUCAUCACUGGUGGUGCUGCGUCAUUGGCCACGUAUUUGAUUUAUGUCAAGAUGCAACAAAAACUAGCGAGUUUCCAUCAAAGAGGUAUUAUACAUGACGACGUUUUAGUGUUUGGAAAUUUCGCUGAUGAAUUGGAAAUGGGUAGUCACAAUGAAAUUGAAUUGAACUCUGCCGAUUUUGACACCGAUAACUUCUUGAUUGAAGACGAUGAUGAUGAUGAAAAUGAAGAGGCACUGGUACAAGAUAGUGACUCUCAUUCACAGAGUAGUCACAAGAGUCACAAAAGUCAGAAGGGUCAUCAAAAUACUGACUCGCACAAAAAUUUGCAUAAAGACUAG